CUCCUUUCUGGUGUGCUUUGGGAGGGUGUUUCCUUCACUCCUCAUUUCCUGAGUCAUAAAAGGUCCAUGCUGUGCCAAAAGACUUGGAGGAGAUGGGAGUAGAAGAGAGCUCUUUCUUUCUGCAGCUUGUGUUGCUGAUAAACAGCUUUCCCCAUAUGCUGGUUCCUGUGUGCCAGAGAUCUGUUGCACCCCUGAGAUGUACUGCCUUCUGCUGCCACUUGCCCGUGGCCAUGGCUCUGCCUCCUCAGCUGUCUCCUGGUCAUGCCCAUAUCCCCAUGCACAGCACCAUCACCUCUGCAAGCGAGACACUGAUGCAGGGAAUACUGCAGGUACUCAUUCCAGCAGCAGUGUUCAUUGGGCUUCACAAUGAUGACUGCUGUGAAUGCUUUGGCCAUGAGGGAGGUGGAAAGAGCUGUGCGAUACUGUCCUCGGUUCUGGCAGCCUUUGUUGGGAUCCUUGGCUCUGGAUACUGUAUAACCAUUUCAGCACUGGGCUUGUCUCAAGGACCAUAUUGUUUUACCCACCUAGAGAGAAACUGGAUCUACCCUUUCACUGACUCCUCUGGAGGGUACUUGUUUGAGUAUAACAAGUGGUCUGAAUGUCAGGAACCUCAAAACAUUGUGCAGUGGAACGUCACCCUCUUUUCCAUCCUCCUAGUUUUGGGAGGAAUAGAAUUCAUUCUGUGCUUCAUACAGAUAAUCAAUGGCAUUCUUGGAGGACUGUGUGGGUUGUGCUGCAGUCAUGAGGAGGCAUACGUUUGCUAGAACCUGACAAUGCAGUGACAUUGAUGCAUGUGUGUGCUGCAAUGAAUAUACUGUGGAUUUUUUUUAAAACAUUCUGUGCAUACUGAAAUUCACAUUGUUGUCAAACUGUGCUGUUGGCAUAAAUUUAACUGACUUGGGGCCUUUGUUGCUGGAGUCAUAUGCAGGUUUUCUACUAACCUGCCUGAACCGGAAGGCAAAAUGUAUCCUGAAUGUCUUUGGUUCAUUUCAUCUUGGUACAGGCAACUGCUUUAACACAUGUAACUAAAGUGGCGUUAUUUAUUUUUCUCUUUCUACUGACAUAACAGCUCUGUACUUUGUCCUGCUUUCCCAAUAAAGUUGCUCUUUCAUUCCGAUCUUGAAAUGAACACAAACCAAAUCUAGCCUGGCCUGGAUAAAAGGUUUUGGUCAGCUGGACCAAAACUAAAGCAAUAGUAAAAUGUGGAUGAUUAAGGGCUUUUCAGGAUUUUUCUGAACUUCCCCUGUAUUUCACAAAUAAAGAUUUGUAUUAAAAAUA